UUAUUCGUUAAUUAUUAAAGGAUUAAAAUAAUAAUCAAUUUUCAAGAAUGGCAAACAUGAAAUUGACCUCAAAAAACAUUUCUCAGUGUCUUUACGUACUUUCACGUGACAUUUUCACUCCUUUGCUCCACUCAAUCUCACCCUCCUGCUCAACGCCGCCGCAGCCCCACCACCAUCGCUGCCGUUGUUCACCGCUCCAUCCCCCUAAUGCCUACUGAUCAGAGUCUCCGUAUACAACUAAUCUCCAGCCUCGAACCAUCCAUUCUUGAACCCUAACUUGCCCCACUUUAAACCUCUCAAAAACCACUGACUAGUUCCACUAUGCUACAACCAUCCUUCUACUUUGUUUUCUUGUUUUGCAUUCUCCGGCUCCCUGCCGCCACCAGGUGUGAUGACCGCGACGCCGACGGCCUGGCCGCCCUCCCAGCCGACGCUGUCGCUCUACUGGCGUUCAAGUCUAAGGCUGACCUCGACCACAAGCUCCUCUACACCACCAAUGAGCGGUUCGACUACUGUCAGUGGCAAGGCGUCAAAUGCGCCCAAGGUCGCGUGGUCCGCUUCAUUGCUGAAAGCUUCGACCUCCGCGGCACCGUUUCCGGCGACACUGUGAGCCGCCUAGAUCAACUGCGAGUGCUGAGUCUCAGAAAUAACUCUCUCUCCGGCCCCCUCCCCGAUUUCUCCCCUCUCGUUAACCUCAAAACUCUCGUCUUAGACCACAACUAUUUUUCGGGUACUUUUCCGCUGCCCAUUUUGUCGCUCCACCAUCUCUCGGUUCUUGAUUUGUCCCACAAUAACCUCACCGGUCUGCUACCGGAAAAUCUAAUGGUUCUUGACCGCUUGGGUUAUCUCCGCCUCGAUUCGAACUCGUUUUACGGCCCUAUUCCACCGUUGAACCAGACAAUUUUGCAAGUAUUCAGCGUUUCGUACAAUAACCUCAGCGGUCCGAUACCUGUCACCCCAACUCUCAAAAGUUUUAAGAUUUCUUCAUUUCUGCACAAUCCCAAUCUCUGUGGUGAGAUUAUCAACAAACCAUGCCGCAACUCGCGUUUCUUUAACUCGUCUUCCGGCGCCGACGCCUCACCGCCGACCCCACUUCUGCAGAACGCUCAGUCUCAGCAAGGAUUAAGCCUCAUUUCUUCCCCGGAUCAAAGAAAGCAUCACAAAAACGUAGGCUUUAUUUUGGGGUUUGUGAUUGGGACUUUGUUUCUAAUUGCAGCUAUUUUGAGUCUCAUAGCUUUGUUGAGAAAGAGAAGAGAAGAAAGAGAACAUCUUGAAGCAAUAGAAGAAGCUCAUUUGGGUGAUGAAACUACCAACACCAAAGCUCAGAACGACACUACUUUGUUUUCACUCCAAGCUGAGACCGCGAAUGCUGAAAGCCAUGAUGAGGCCAAGAAACUGAAAUUUCCUGAGCAGAAAAAAGUAGUAAAAAGUGGGAGCUUAGUGUUUUGUUCAGGGGAGGAAGAACUGUACACAUUGGACCAGUUGAUGAGGGCAUCAGCUGAGCUUCUUGGGAGGGGCACUAUUGGUAUUACAUAUAAAGCUGUGAUGGCUAGUCAUUUGAUUGUGUCUGUGAAGAGACUGGAUGCAUGCAAAACUGCUAUUACCAGUGGUGAGGCGUUUGAGCAACAUAUGGAGGCUGUCGGUGUGUUGAGGCAUCCCAAUUUGGUUCCUGUCAGAGCUUAUUUUCAGGCUAAGCAAGAGAGGUUGAUCAUCUUUGAUUAUCAGCCCAAUGGCAGUCUCUUCAAUCUCCUCCAUGAUUCAAGAUCAAACAGGUCAAAGCCUCUUCAUUGGACAUCAUGUCUGAAAAUUGCAGAAGAUGUAGCUCAGGGCCUCGCCUACAUUCACCAAGCAUCAAAGCUCAUCCACGGCAACCUCAAGCCGUCCAAUGUUCUGCUGGGUCCUGAUUUUGAGGCCUGCGUCACUGAUUACUGCCUUGCUAUUCUUGGUGAAACCUCAACGGACGACGAUCCUGAUCUCGCUGGCUACAGUGCGCCUGAAGUACGAAAAUCUCCACGCAGGGCCACUGCCAAGUCUGAUGUCUAUUCUUUUGGUGUCCUCUUAUUAGAGCUUUUGACGGGCAAAACACCAUCCCAGCAUCCAUUCCUUGCUCCUCCCGAUAUGCCCGACUGGGUCCAAGCCAUGAGGGGAGACGACAGCGACGAUGACAUCCGACUUAGGAUGCUGGUUGAGGUGGCUGGUAUCUGUAGGGUGACCUCGCCCGAACAGAGGCCGACAAUGUGGCAGGUUCUGAAGAUGAUUAUGAAUAUUAAAGACAUUAUGGAUUAUAGUUCAGGGGAUGGUAACAAUGGUAACUUGUGACAUGGGAUUUUACUAUGUUAAGUAAACUGCAGACAAGAAUAACAUUUAACUUAUGUGAAUGUUCGGAGUGUUACACUCAUCCUCAAGCAUUGAUGAAAGAAAUUGUGGGGGUGAGUAAUUUUGCAAAGCUCAUGAGUAAAA